AUGACCGACAGCGCCCGCAAGGCCGUCGUGCGCGAUCUGCCGCCGACCCUGCCGGCCGAGGUGUUUUGGAAGGCCGUCGAGCCAUGGGUACGCACGGAGCCAGAGACCGCGCGCACGGCUAAACACACGUCGUAUGUCCAGGGCAAGCGCGCCGAGCAGCCGGGGGUGUGGGACACGCCCUCGGUGGCGUACAUUGAGUUUCUCACGCCUGCACUCCUCCUGGCCUUUGCGACGCAUUUUCACGGCCACAUUUUCCGGGAUAGCAAGGGCCACGACUUUGUCGCGUUCGUCGAUGUCGCCCUUAUCCAGAGCUGCGCGCGCUGGGCGCCCACGACGUACGAGCGGUACAAAGGCGCCGUCGAGCAUGCGCCCGAGUACAAGGCGUUUGUUGCGUCCCUUGAGGCGCCGCCCGCCAAAGCAAUGCCCGAUAAGCCCGCGGACAAGGCUGACGCACCCGUGACGACGCCCCUCGUCGAGUACAUGCGCCAAAAACAGCAGCCGUCCGAGGCGCCCGCCAAGAACCGCCAAGAACCGCCCAAGACGCCCAAGCCCACCAAGGCGCCGAAACCCAAAAAAGACAAGGCGGCCAAGGCGCCGCCCAAGUCGGCCCCUGCUCCCCGCAUCACCAUUCUCACCAAGCCGCCGCCGCCGCCGCCCUCGUCCCAUGCUUAG